AUGUCAAAAGCUGGCACUAAGACUGCAGCAACUGCAGCAGCCAAUCUUGCAAACCUUCUGCCAACAGGAACAGUGCUUAUAUUUCAAGCCCUUGUACCUUCUUUCUCAAAUAAUGGCGACUGUGUUGUAGCCAACAAAUAUCUUACCUUACCUCUGAUUGCUUGCUGUUCUCUAGUUUGCUUCUUCUCCUCCUUCACUGAUAGUUUCAUUGGCCAUCAUGACAGCAAGCUUUAUUAUGGUAUUGCCACCUUUGAAGGAAUAUAUUUAUUCAAUGAUUGUGAUUGUAACGAUGGGAAUGGAGAGGAAGAACUUGAUCAUAACCAGAGGGCUAAGUACAGAAUCACUGUGAUAGAUUUUGUGCAUGCCUUUGCAUCGUUAACUGUGUUCUUGGUUUUUGCUCUCUGUAGCUCUUAUGUGCAAGAUUGUUUCUUUCCUAAAGCGGGAGCUAAUGAGAAACAACUGAUCAUAAAUUUGCCAUUAGGAGUUGGGAUUUUGAGCAGCUUUUUGUUCAUGAUAUUUCCCACUAAACGUAGAGGAAUUGGCUAUGGAGACAUCCGAUGCUUUUAG